AUGUAUUUGAUCGUCUCUUUUCUUCUUAUAGCAGGAGGUCCUAAAGCUUCACGAAUGCGAUCGCAAGAAAAUAUGAAAUUCCACGUUCUUCUCACUUCGUAUGAGUGCAUCAACAUGGAUAAGGUACAUAAGCAAUAUUGUCCUCUAUUCGAAUGGGAAGCUCUUGUCGUUGAUGAAGCUCAUCGCUUGAAGAAUAAUCAAUCUACGUUUUUCAAGAAUCUUCGUGAAUACAACAUUAAUUACCGCUUACUGUUGACUGGUACACCACUACAAAACAACCUCGAGGAGUUAUUCCAUUUGCUCAACUUCUUGGCUCCAGACCGUUUCUUAACAGCGGAACUACUCUGUGGUCGUCUCGAUAGACAUGCUGUGAACACAUGGUUGUGGAGCGAGGAUCCCACGACUUGGAGUCCUUCACUUUGGAAUUUGCCUGAAAUCUCCAAAGAGGAUCAGAUUCAGAAGCUACAUUCAUUGCUGGGUCCUCAUAUGUUACGUCGUCUCAAAGCUGACGUGCUCACAGGGAUGCCCUCCAAGAGUGAACUCAUUGUCCGAGUCGAACUCAGUUCUCUACAGAAGAAGUACUACAAGAACAUCCUGACUCGUAACUUUGACGCUCUGAAUGUCAAAAACGGUGGAUCGCAAAUGUCUCUGAUCAACAUUAUCAUGGAGUUGAAAAAGUGUUGCAACCAUCCUUACCUAUUCGCCAAAGCCAGUAUGGAAGCACCAAAGCUCAAGAAUGGGAUGUAUGAGGGGACACAACUGAUCAAAAAUGCUGGCAAAUUUGUUUUGCUGCAGAAAAUGAUGAGGAAACUGAGAGAAAGUGGUCAUCGUGUAUUGAUAUUCUCCCAAAUGACAAUGAUGUUGGAUAUUCUGGAAGACUUCUGUGAGGUCGAGGGUUACAAGUAUGAAAGGAUUGAUGGAUCUAUAACUGGUCAAGCAAGACAGGAUGCUAUUGAUAGGUUCAAUGAGCUGAAAUAUUACAGAUGGGGUACGGAAGAAUUGUUCAAAGAUGAUGAACCACCACAAGGAGAGCCAACUGAAGGCGAACCUGGGAAGAAAGCGAACGAGAAUGAAAUCGUUUGGGAUGAUGCUGCUGUUGAAGCUCUACUAGACAGAGACAGAGACACCGAUCCAAAGGCAUGCUUACAGGAUACACUUUUGAUUUUUUGCCCUGUUGAUGACAAAGAUGGCGAGAAAAAGGAGCAUUGGACCAACGAAUACCUCAGUUCAUUCAAAGUGGCGACGUAUACCACGAGGGAAACUGACGACAAAGAAGAAGAGGAAGAGGAAGAAAUGGAGGUUAUCAAGGACAACGAUAAGGAGCCUGAUCCCGACUAUUGGGAGAAGCUUCUUCGACACCAUUAUGAGCAAGACCAAGAGAUGGAAGCUCAGAAACUCGGCAAAGGCAAGAGGCUGCGCAAGCAGGUCAACUAUGCAAGCGAAAACAUGGGUCAGGAUUGGCAGAAUCGCGCUGGAGAGCAACAAAACAACGAUGAUGAUGAUCUCUCUUCGUAUGACGGUGGUUCCGAAAAAGCGUCAGGUGAACACUCUGACGAUGACUUCGAAGGCAUUGGAGGAGAGAAGAAGAAAAAACGAGAACGUGAUGCUGAGAAGCUCCCACCACUCCUUGCAAAAGUCAAUGGCCAACUGGAAGUCCUUGGUUUCAAUCCCAGGCAGCGUCGAGCUUUCUACAAUGCAGUUAUGCGCUGGGGAAUGCCUCCACAAGAUGCUUAUCAAUCACAGUGGCUUACCCGUGAUCUGAAAGGGAAAUCGGAGAGAGCGUUCAAGACGUAUACGUCACUGUUCAUGCGACACUUGUGUGCCCUGAUCCAAGCACUUCAAUUAUUCGAUGUUUCAGAUGGUGGAUUCACCGAGUUGCAUACGUUAUGGGUGAAUGAGGAAAAGGCCGCUGUUCCUGGUAACGAAUAUGAGAUUUGGCAUCGCAGGCAUGACUACUGGCUCCUUGCCGGCAUCGUGCAGUAUGGUUACGGGCGGUACCAAGACAUUCAACUAGAUCCCCGUUUUGCCAUAAUCAAUGAACCAUUCCGACAGGAACAAGGGAAAGGGAAUUUCCUAGAAAUCAAAAACAAGUUUUUGCAAAGGCGUUACAAGUUGCUUGAGCAAGCACUAGUGAUUGAAGAGCAACUCCGGCGUGCCGCCUACAUGAACCUGCAAAAUAGCACAACUGAUGGCACUGCACAAUUAGCUCAAAGAUUCGCUGAUAUAGAAAACGUGGCCGAUUCGCAUGCGAACGUCGCUAAGGAUUCUGCCGCUGGUAAUCGAAAUGCGAAUGCUGUCCUCCAUAAAGUAUUGAAUCAACUGGAGGAACUGCUGUCGGAUAUGAAGGCAGAUGUUUCUCGUCUUCCUGCUACUCUGUCGCAACUUCGACCUGUUACACACCGACUGGCUAUGACCGAGAGACAG